UCUGCAAGUGAUCUCAACAAGUACAGAGAAAGUGGAGAGAUAAGAGAACAAGACAGGCUGCUGCCCAUAGCAAAUGUGAGUAAUAUCAUGCGCAAGAUCCUUCCCCCCACGGCCAAGCUCUCUAAGGAGGCCAAACAGACCAUGCAAGAAUGUGUUUCAGAGUUCCUCAGUUUUGUCACCGGAGAGGCUUCUCACCAGUGUCAAAAGGAGAAAAGGAAAACACUCACUGGUGAAGAUCUGAUAUGGGCGAUGGCCUCUCUUGGCUUUGAACAUUAUGCACAGGCUUUGGAAAAUUAUCUCAAGAGGUACAGAAAAACUAAAGCUGAACUGAUCUCUUUGACAAUACCGGGAUUCUCAGAUCAGUCCUCUACUAAUGACAACCAGAGGGAUGCAAGAGAAGACCCACAUCAGUACUACCAUUUUCAUAUCUGUGGGAAGCUGGUGGAGGGAUCAAGCAGCCACAACGAGCAGUAGUCUAUUGUCAAACAGGAGGAAGUUCAGGUGGCUAUGGCAGUUUCAAAGAACCAUCAUGAUAUGUUCUUUAUUUAGUUUUACCAAAGUGUUUUCUCUGUCAUGGUAAGUGUCUAUUCUACCAAGUAUGGGUUGUGAUUGUUUUCUUUGUAAUUGGUUUCAAUGUGACCAUCAUCUUGCAAACAAAAGGCGUGUUUUAGGCAAAUCAGGGCUUACAAAUAGGACAUGCAGAAAGAUGUGCUUAACAUUAGUCUGUGACUGAUAGGGGCUUUCUUUUUUGUUGCCGAAGACCUG